AUGGACAACAAGAUAAAAUGGGCAACGGAGCUGAUUGAAGAGAAGAUGAAACUGGAAGAUGAAAAGCAGAAAGUGAGUAUCGAAAGCCAAAUAAGGCUGAAAAAACACUCCUCUGCAAUGCCACCAGAAGUGGUCCAGUUGGAUAUCCCACAUCUGGAGGAGGAGAAAAAACAUGGACCUGUUAAGAAGGACAUUGCAAGUCUUAAGACGGGACCUGUGUUGGUGGAGGAUUUUUUGAAAGCUGCUGUACAGGGCAGGAUACAAGUAGUGGAGAAGUUCCUGGCAGAUGGAGGCUCCCCAAACGUCUGCGAUGAAUUCCACAGGACGGCUUUGCACCGUGCCUCCCUGGAAGGAUACACAGAAAUUGUAGAGAAGCUUUUGGACCAAGGUGCCACUAUUGACUUCAGAGAUCGCUUGGAUUGCACAGCUAUGCACUGGGCCUGUCGUGGUGGACACCUGGCUGUUGUGAAGCUCUUGCAGGAAAAAGGGGCUAAUCUAAAGUUGAAGGACAAGCUUCUCAGUACGCCUUUACAUGUGGCCACUCGCACUGGUGUAGCAGAAGUUGUGGAGCAUCUGAUAAACAAUGGUGUGGAUGUCAAUUCCCGUGACCGUGAGGGAGACAGUGCCCUGCACGAUGCUGUUCGCCUCAAUCGCUACAAGAUAAUUAAGAUGUUGAUUUUGCAUGGGGGAGAUAUGUUGGCCAAAAAUUUGGCUGGCAAAACUCCUGCAGAUCUGGUGCAGUUAUGGCAGGCAGAUACACGGGAAGUGCUGGAAAAGAAAAAGCCAAACACAACAGAAAUGCCAACAUGAGCUGUAGUUGGAUGAACAAAUCGGACACCUGCAAUUUGA